AGAAACAGUGCGAAGCGAACGCGCGUCAUUCACGCGCAAACUUGCGAGCGCAUAUGACACAUUUUCUCGCUCGCGGCGGAGCAGCCGCGAGCUGUCCUGGGGUUUAAAUGCGUGUCAGUAGUAAUAAUCGCGUGAAACAUAACGCGCAAGUGGGCGUGAGUGACCGAUUAGAUCCGCUGUCACGUAUGAGGUCCCGCAAACGACGAAAGUCGCACAACAAUGUGAGUCCGUAACGGAUGUCGAUGUGAACUAGCUGAUGUGAACUCCGGCUCGGGAAAGAAUAUCCCAUGGCUUCCACCGAAGCUUCGGAAGAUUAUUGGGACAUCGCUUUCUACGAUCUCUUUCCGUCGCGAUCCGGAUCUCGGGGUCGUUCCUCUCUAAGAAAAUAAGGAGACAAGACACGUUCGGCCGGUGGGCGGAUUGAAUCGCCUUUAUCCGGGAACGUCAUUCCCUAACGAAUAAUGACUCAGUAUGUUGCUAUGUUGAAGAGGACCACAAAGUUAAUAAAUUUUGCCACAGAUAAUGUGAUUUUAUGAUAAUAUUUUUAUCUUUUCAAUAUAUUCUUGUACUGUCAAGAUGCACUUUUCCAUACCAGAUACUCAGGAAUUUAUAGAUAGUGCUGGGAACACGUAUAUCGGAUAUAAUAUUCAUAUCAAUGGAUUAUUUCAUUGUACCGCAAGAUACAAACAACUAUACAAUCUGCACGUACAAUUGUCAAAGGACCUGGACAUGUUGUUACCUAUAUUUCCUCCAAAGAAAUUUUUUCCUUUGACUGCUACACAGCAAGAGGAACGGCGGCUGGCUUUAGAGAAAUAUAUUCAGUCCAUUGGACAAAAUAUAGCCAUCAAUAACUCGGAAAUAUUAAAUGGAUUCUUAUUGAGUGCUCAACAAGAAAGCGUAAAUGGCCUGUCCGAGCAAGAAACUUUAGAUAUAUUUCUUAUGAGUGGAUCUAAAAUUUCAUUAAAUAUUUCGCCAGAAGAGUAUUCUGGUAAAGUUUUAAAGAGGGUGUACAAACAUAUAAAGUUAGCAGAAAAAUAUCAUUUUCAUUUUGCAUUGUUUAUUAUUACACAAGAUGAGUCAUCCGGUAGUAUCAAAAUACUGCGGAAACUACAAAAUUUUGAAUCACCAUUUAUAACAUACAAAUAUAUGAGUUCUACGAAUACGCGAAUUGUUCUCAGAAAAAAUUACUGGGAUACAGCAUAUGAUGUUGAAUUGUUGAACGAUCCGGUAACGUUAAAUUUACUAUACAUUCAAGCGGCUGUGGAAAUUCGCAGCAGUUGGAUUCCAAUUACCAAGGAGGUGCAGCAUCAAUUGGAAAAUCUGCAAAAAUCUGAGAGUAAAAAAGAAUAUCUGAAUGUAGUUCGUCUCUUGAAGUACUAUGGUUACAUACAAUUUGCACCAUGUUACUGUGAUUAUCCCGAACGUAGCUCGAAAGUAUUGCUUGCUAUAGGUGAAAAUGAAUUGAAUUUACGUGUAUUAUCGUCCGAAGAGCACGAAAUUGCGUUUAAAGUAUCACGAAUGCGAUGCUGGCGUAUAACUACUAUACAAAAUGGAACGGAGCAUCAUAAGGAUAAUAACGAGUGCAGUUUGGAAUUAUCCUUCGAAUAUCUGAUUGCUAGAAAUGAAUUACAAUGGAUUACAAUUGUGUCCGAACAAGCGAUUUUAAUGUCUGUUUGUCUGCAAGCUAUGAUUGAUGAGUUGUUGCAGAAAUGUGUAGUUGGGAGUAAACCUCAGACAGAGUCUGGGAAAUCAUGGACAUAUAUUAUGAGAGACGGCCAAAGUCGUACCAUUACAGGAUCGCCGUUGCAAGAAUGUGUGAAUAAUAAUCAUUCUAAAUCGGGACCAAUUAUUAAAAAACUUGCUAACAAAUGGUCGGCUGUGACGUCAAAAAAAUCAGAUGAUUCACGAAGUGUUAUUGACAAAACUCAAACAAAGGAUCUCGAUGUCAUGGAAAAUAAUGUUUUUCGUAUGAUAGGAGAUGACGAUUUAUGAGCCAAAUAAAUUUUAAAGAUUGAC